UUAGUACGACCUAUCCUUGUUGUACAUAACCUCAAAUUUGUGCUCUUUGAUGUUUCUUUAUUAUUGUAUACAAUAGUGCAUAAAACACAAGUAAGUAAUUGUUGUUACUUAAAAAUGGUGUGCGAAAAAUGCCAGAAGAAGUUGGGCAAAGUAAUAACACCAGAUCCUUGGAAAAGUGGGGCUAGGAAUACAACUGAAUCAGGGGGUAGGAAAGUUAACGAGAACAAGGCUUUAACUGCUACGAAAAACAGAUUUAAUCCAUACACAUCAAAGUUUGAGACUUGCAGAAUUUGUCGACAAAAGGUACACCAGGUUGGGUCACAUUAUUGUCAGUCCUGCGCUUAUAAAAAAGGAAUUUGUGCGAUGUGUGGAAAAAAAUUGUUGAGUACGAAGAAUUAUAAGCAGUCGUCUACUUAAAUACUAUUUUAUAAGUUUAUUGCGUUGUUAAGUAAUGUUAGGUUUAAUUCAAUAUACUGUAUGCAGAA